CCAUCGAUCUCCAGCCUAGUCUCGGUGGUUGGAAGUUUGGUACCGAUCGAUUCAUCGAUUAAUUGCGAUUGAUCCAUGAUCGCAUGAGCUCGCAGGGAUGCUCGAUCGAUCCAUCCCGCGAAUUGGACUCCAUUCUCGCCGCCCAUCUCCGCGAUGGGCGAUUGCGCGACGCGAAGAGAGUCUUCGAUUCCAUGCCGCGCAGAGAUCGCGAUCUCGUCUCGUAUACCUCGAUGCUGGCGGGGCUGGGGCGGGGCGGGCGGCUGCGCGACGCCGAAGAUAUCUUCCACGCCAUGCCCGGAUGGGAUCAAGUGGCGCUCAACGCGAUGCUCGCGGCAUACGCCCAAAGCGGGCAAAUCCACAGCGCGGAAGCCUUCUACUCGCGAUUGCCCGAGAGGAAUCUCCUCUCCUCCAAUGCGAUGCUCCACGCAUACGCACAGAUUCCGCGUAUCUCCAGCGCUGCCACCAUCUUCGCGGCUAUGCCACUCCACAGUCUCGUCUCUUGGAACACCAUGAUCCAAGCAUAUGCCCAAGCAGGGCAUAUUCAUUCCGUGCAAUACCUCUUCGAGAAUAUGCCCGAGCGAGACUCUAUCACCCUAACGACCGUACUGGUUGCGUUCGCCAGCAACGGCUCACUGAGAGAGGCCGUACAUAUAUUCCAGGCCACCCCAUGGAGGUAUCUGGCAUCUUGGAACUCCAUGCUUGACGCAUAUGCCAAAGCCGGGGAAGGUUCCAACGUUGCCAACACGUUUGAGAAGAUGCCCGAGAGGGACCUACUGUCCUGGAACAUUAUGCUCUCCUCGUGCUCCCAGAAUAUCCAAGAUGCCGAGCGCGUCUUCGCCCAGAUGCCCCAGCGUGACCUCGUCUCGUACGGCGCAAUGCUGUUCCUGUACGGCCAGCGCGGGAAUCUGAGAGAUGCCAAGCGCAUCUUUACCAGCGAAAUGCCCUUCCACAACCUCGUAUCCUGUACGGCCAUGCUAAAUGCAUAUGCCCAGGAAGGGCAUCUCCAGCAGGCAAGAGAUAUUCUCCAGGAUAUGCCCGAGUGGGAUUUGGUGUUAGUAAGCGCUAUGAUGGUGGCAUACUCCCGUCACGGGGACAUAAAUGCGGCUAGAUUUCUCUUUGAUACUUCUUACGUGAGGGAUGUGGUGUGCUGGACUGCUAUGCUCGGAGCAUAUGCCUUUAACGGGCAUCUUGAGGAAUCUAAGCACUUGUUUGAUUGGAUGCCAGAGCAUGACACCUGCACCUGGAAUGCCAUGUUAUCGGCAUAUUCCCAAAACUGGCAUCUGGAAGAAGCAAAGGAUGUCUUUGAGACAAUGCCCGAGCAUAAUUCUGUGUCUUGGAACACAAUGCUCUCGGUCUAUUCUCUUCACAAACGCCCCAAAUUAGCUCAAAAGUUUUUUGAUGCAGUCCCAGAGCACAAUCUUGUGACUUGGGGAGCAUUGUUAGCGGCAUAUGCGCAAAACGGGCACUAUGAAGAGGCAUUUUUUGUUUUUCACACUGCAGCAAUGGUUCAUGAGCUUGAUCUUGCUUGCUUUGUGAUGUUUUUCCUGGCUUGUAGCCACUCAGGGAAGGUUGGAGUUGGGAAACAGAGGUUUUCUUCGAUUAGUAUUGAUUAUGGUUUGACACCUAAUAAACAGCACUAUAGUUGCAUGCUAGAUAUCUUGAGCCGUGCUGGACAUUUAAAUGAUGCACGAGAUUUACUUGCUAAUAUGCCUUUUGCUCCAAAUUCUCUUGAAAGGUGUACAGUCAUUGGAGGAGUAAUCAACACUAGCUGAUUGAAAUUGUUAAAACAUAAAUAUCAAAAUAGAGUUAAUAUUUUUUCUACCACUGAUGCUUUUGCAUGGAAUUAGCCGAGCAGGCAUGCAUCCUGGAUGUUAAUAUAAGGCUUCUCCAAGCUCCAAUUUUAUCAAUUACAUUUUUGGGCACAAUUCAAGCCAUUCCUACUACACAUCACUUUGUGUUUGCCACUUUCCAGAAGUGGAAGGGGUUUGGGGUUGAUGUAGAUAUCUUUAAGGAUGUUCUAGGGCCGUCUUGUUGUGCUCACACAGCUGGAGGGUGUUCCUCCUCGACUUGGUCCAGGAAUGCCCGCUUCUAGCCAAAAGCCUCUGCCGGGACCUAAUCUGCACGUAAGUUUUCUUGGUGUGGUGCAUGGUGAUGCUUUUCACAAUUUAGAGUACUUGGCUUGGAAAAACUUGAUGUCGGAAGUGGCAUUUGAACCCAUACAUUCUAAAGAGGAGCAGAACUUGCGUCCGCUCCUAAGAUCGGUCGGCCACCCUGACAUUUAUUAUUGAAGUUUAGAAAAUCCUUUAUUCGUGA